GGUUGCCAUCCACCAUAUUGUAUAAACAGGUCGGGCGGUCUUGACGACGUUGGGGUGAAGUGUGAUAAACAUAGUGUCAUCUCCUCCAUCUACGGGCCAGCGGACUCUGGGGUAGUAUACCACUCACAUACAGGAUCAUAUAACAGAAUGGGAGCCAGGUGCAUCUGUGAAAUAUGCACGUGCGGGCGGCAUCGAUGUCCCCAUCAGAAAACGGCUGUGAUCAACAAGACAAAUCAACCAUGUACUCUGACAGAGUACACCAAUGUAUACAAACAGCACCCCAUGGUGCCCCGCGAGAGCUUCAAACCCGCCAACGAGGCCAUGAAAGGGGGAGCGUUUGAGGAUGCUACAACACAGAGAAAUGACUACAUCAAACACCAUCUUGAACGUCCGUUUGUCCAUAUGCCAGACCAGUACAAGAAGCCGGUGGGAACCAUGGAUAACACCACCUCCUAUAAGAAAGAUUACAUAGAGAAGAGAGGUGCACCCGCAAGGCCAGUGAAAAUGGAUGGACAAAGACAGGUGACCGGCAAAUUUGAAGGGACACCCACAUAUAAAUCUGACUACAAGCCGUGGGAUAUGUCAGGUCGCACGGGUCCAGUGAUGAACGCGGAUGCCUGGGAGCCCCCAAAUGCUAAGUUUGAGGGUGAGAGCACCAUGCACCAUGACUACAUGCAGCACAUUCAGCCCCGACGAAACCUCAUCAAGCCCUCCGAGGCCACCCGCAUGUCUGACCAGCCCUUCUUUGAUCGUACUGACUACAGAGAUUCCUACAUCAAACACCCAAUGGAGAAACGAUUUAUCCACCAAACAGAAGGAUACAAGCCCCCACAGGCAGCGUUUGAUGGACAGACAACCUUCAAACGAGAUUUCUUAGGUCAUACUGGGGACAAAACACAAAGCUUUAAACCAGAAGGAGUGGCAUUCCAAUCUGGUGCUCCUUUAGAAGACAGCACAACCAACCGUCACGACUAUCAGAAAUGGCCGAUGCAACGCCCUUUUGUCCACGCACCAGAUCAAUACAAGCGUCCUGAGGGAAUGAUGGAGUCCAAUACAACUCACAAUGCUACCUACAGAGAGUUCCCAAUCCAGAGGCAACUUGCCAAGCGCCCAGAGUCGGCUAACAAGGCAAGGAGUGCUGCAUUUGAUGGCAGCACAAGUUACGCCAACGACUACAUCAAAUGGAACAUGGGACAGAAGAACAUGCCUAUGAUGCGUGACGAGUACCAGCCAACCAAUGCACCCUUCGAGGGCAUGUCCACACAAAAGGCCCACUACAUUGCCCAUUCACAACAGCCAAUGAGGAGCUUCAAGCCGGACAACACCGCUCUACAAAGCAAUGCCAAAUUUGAGGAUGGUACCAUGUAUCGUACAGACUUCACACCCAAGAGAGUCACUAUCUGUCCCGCCAUUUCUCUGGAUGGACCCACAUCGGGUUUUUCAUUUGCCCAAAUCGAUGGCAGAGGUCACCGACAGUAUCAGCAAGUAAUGGAAACCAUCACCCCCUUAAACGCUGCCAGGCAAACUCCAAACAAAUUAACAAUGUCUGUGGCCUAAGGGGGGUAAUCAGACAUUAGCCCAAACUAGCAAUCUAAUUAUAUUGUCUGUGAUAUGAUAAUUGGACACCAUGUUUUGUUGUUACACCAUGUGACUGGUACAGGUCUUCAACAGGUCACCUAGAAAAUACAAUAUCUCACACCUGGGUCCAUUGCUAUCUUCCCAACAGCAGUUCAAGUGUGUACAGCACUAUACAACAAUCACUUGUAAAUCUAUAACAGUUCAACUUGAAGAAAAUGUGUGUGCUUCUGUGCAACAGCAUUUCCAAGAAUGAAUGUUGAAUGUCAAAGUGAGAUGGGUUCUUCUUAGACAUAGUAAAUCUUUCAAAAAAUUGAAAUUACAUGCCAAUUUUAUAACUGGUUUCUUGGUAAGCGUUUUGUACUAUCAACUGAUCAUUGUCACAUUAUGUGCUGUGUAGUUAAGUUAUCUUUUGGUAGGUUACCUGUUGUUAUAUUAUUGAGAAGAAAAACAAAACAUUCCACGAUCAUUAGAAUUUUGAAGAGGACCCAGGCAGAGCUUGAUACUCCAUGCUCGAGUUACAGUGAUUUAUAUAUUUUCUUGUAAUUUGUUAUCAUUUCUGCUAAUUACUGUGUAGUUGCUGAAAUGGGGAACGAAUGCCAUACCAGUCCCUUUCCAGGUUCCUUUUGAAAUAUGAAAGGAACAGAAUUGGAAUCUUUUGUUAUUGACAUCAUUUAAUGUACUCAUUGUACCUGUAAUAUUUUGUACAUAUAAUAUUAUAAAUUUAUUUACUGUUUAUCAGGAUAUUUUCAUUAUAAAAAACUAUUUUUGUUUGAAUUAUAGGAUUUUCACACUAUAUUACAUCUUCUGCAUGUGAUAAAUCAUUGCUUUUAACAUUGCCGCUGUUGGGAGACCUGAGCCGAGUUGUCGAGAUACGGGCCGGCAUACAGCCUCGCCAUCAUGUGUACCUGUGCUAUUAUUGACUGCUUUAAUUUAAAGCAUUACCUGCUGCUUAAUGUCGGAGGCCAAAGAUCUUAUAUAGGUGGGAGUGUAUUACACUUUUUUCAUGUAAUAACUCACAGCCCGGUAUUUAAAAUAAUGAGUAUUGUGUAUUCACCCUGUUUGGCUGGCACACUAUGAUUUUUAUGUAUUAGUUUUACAACUGUUGAUACUGCUGAACACUGGAGAUGCAAUUGUAAGGUUUUAUCUUGUACAGUAAGUGCACGGGUCUAGUUUCAUGUACGUGUGUCAUUAUUAUAACAAACUCUCUGGGCCGUUAACUAGUUAGACAACACUAUUUGGAGGGUGCUGUCAAAAUAUUGUUAUUGUUUUGAAAAGGUUGUCAUGCAAUCUUUGAAAACUUCUUUUAAUAUUUGACCUAUCCCUCAGGAAUAUAAAAUAGUAUUUCCUCUUGAUUUGGUUAUUUUUUGUAUUUUUAAGAUUUUUUUGGGAGAAAUAUUUUUCAUUUUAUUUCUUUGUUUUCGUGCCUUUAAAUUGAAAACUAUGUUAUUGCUAUGAUUGAUAUUUCAAAACAAAUUUAACACAAGUGAUAUUUUGUAUUAUUUUAUGAUUGAUUCCAUUUAGUAGUUGCACCUUUUGUUCAUAAAAGUGCUACAUAUUUCUGAAUUUAUUUCAAACCACACAAUGAAUAACGUUCUCCUAUGGAGUAUAAGCAGUGUAGCCAACCUGUCCUAUUUUAUACUAGCCUCUUUAGCUAUGGAGUAGAUAUUAUCUUUAGAUAAUGAAUAUUACAUGUGUUAUUUAUCUCCCGUUAGAGUAAAGCAUUUUAGAUCCUGGGUAUUUAUUUUUUUGGAAUUCUUGUCUGUGAUAUGCGAUCCUUGUUUUGCCAUAGGUGAUUGGGACACUGGUAUGUAGACGACCAGUUUGUGUGUAUGUACCAUAGUAGCUGUGAUAACCAAUAGGAACUCUCUUUUAACCAUCGUCCAUUCACCUUUGUCCCCGUCAUCUCUCAAUACUAAGUCACAGUGACCUAGUUUAUAUAUAAUAAUAACUGAUAUAAACAAUUGGUGAAUUUUAUGGCAUUUCAAUAAUGUAAAUAAAUCGUGUUAAGAAAUGAUGUACAAAUUAACGUAUUUCAUUUCAUUGGUAUAUUCAUUUUAAGCUGGAAAGUAAAUAAAUACCUGCCUAAUAGA